CGUUAUAAGAGUUACACCGAACAAAAAAAAAGAUGUUCCACAAGAGCGCUUUCCUAUUACUGGUGUUGGCCAUAGCUCUCGCCAUCGCUGAGCCGCCGCGCUUUCUUUCACGCCCUAACCGUUUCCAGCAGCGUCGUCAAUUUCUCGCACGUCAACAGUCCGUACCCGCAGCACCCCAGCCCGAAUUCGCGGCUUACCCUUCGGCUGAUGAACUGAAACCGGAAAAUCCUUUUCAAGCUGAGGAGGAAACUAUCGAACCGGACUUAGUUUACGGCCCACCAGACGCCACUUACGGACCACCAUUGCCCGCCACUGAUCCCUUGCCAGCCGUAGAAUCGCCGCCACAGUUUGCGACCAAUCCAGAUGCUGAGGAAUUUGAACGCCUCACUCAAAGCCGUCCCUCGUUACGCGUCCAACAGCGUCCCCAGCAACAACGCGCUCAAGUGCAUCUUGUGCAACGCACUCAACGCCUACAGCAAAGAAAGAUACAACAAAAAGCCAUUGUUAAGCAGGUUGUGAAUGCUCCUCAACGCCAGGAGGCUACCAUUAAACGUGUGGUGAGCACACAGCAAUUGGUAGCUAGGCCUGCGCCAGCGCCCGCUGCUGCUGUGGUUGUGGCAGCACCCAUUGCAGCAGCUGCGUCGACUGCAGUAGCGCCCGCGAAGGUGGUGAUAUCCUCGCAACGCCUAGUGGCAGUGGAACCUGCGCCCGCCUUCAGUGCCGCCGUUAACACGCCACUGGGAGAGUCUUAUGUAGUCAUCAAUUCGCCAUUCGCUUUAACCUCGCAAUUUCAGUCGUGGUAAGGUGGCGUAUUUUGUUAUAAUUAUAUCUGUUUGGGGAAUGUUUCAGAAAAAUUAUAAAUAAAAAAUAGUCGAUAAAAAACGAAAAGUACGCAUCAUUUGUUCUCAACCGGCUUGUGUUCAUGUUAAUAAGUUCUUCCUUUAAGAGUAGGUUUGCCUUUAAAUACAGCGGCUCAUUUCUGUGUUUUGCCGGGUAACCGAUUUCAUUUUAAUUUCGAUUUAUAUAUUUUGCAUCGACGCUUAUUUCGCAAUAAACUGAAUUUGUUCGAUGGAAGAAUUUGUUGUUUAUUUGCAA